CUCGCUCGCCUUCACACUCACUCUUCAUCCAAUGACUGCGUUGGUCGUGAAUAAUGAAGUCUAGGUUUUGGGACUAACAGAUCUGGCUGACGUCUUGGACGUCACGACGACCGGAGAUCUUUUUGUGGUCACCGCUUCUUUGGUAUACAAGUAGGUCAGGCUGAGCAUCGAGACCGAUCAGUCGGUGGUGGUGCGACUCAAGUACGGUGAACACACUAAUGACGACCUUCCCUGCUCGACUAUCCCAAACAUACUACGCAGCUUACCACGGCUCAAUCAGCAUCACGGAACCCAGUGCACCAAACCCCUCACAAACCGCUUCACGACCGCUUCGUGCCCAUUCGUUACAGCCCAUGACAGCGGCGUCCGACAGAUCUCAUCCUUUGAGUCCGGGUCCACCUUGCCGGUAUCCAGCAGCAGCUUCACGACCGCCUUGUGCCCCUGCUCCGCCGCCCUGUGCAGCGCGGUCAAUCCAAUCUCGUCCUUCGCGACGAAGUCCGCCCCAUUCUCCAACAGCAGCAGCAGCAGCAGCACGUCUUCUUCACUCACGCUCUGGGCCUCCCUGUCCAGUGCUGCGCUUGCAUAUGGAGGAUGACUUCUUCGCUGGAUGUCAACCGUAUGAUAAGAGGGAGGUGGCGAUGAAGCACGACCUAUUUGUUAGAUACUGACCCUGCGACGAGAGGCUGCCGUAAGAGGGGGGUUGGUUUGCCAGUUUUCAGACGGAGGGCUUCCGAACUGUGGUGAUGAGGAAAUGCGGCGUCGAGGCAUUCUUCAGUUGGAAAAGCCGUUGAUGAAAAGCGAGCGUCACACAGAGCCAUGCUCCAAGAUCGACGAUGUGGAGCGACAAGCAGGUCAGAUGGCAGAGAGGUGUGGUGUUGCUGCGCGACAUGGGGCGCUCAGGAUGCUCGUUGAUUCCUUGCGAGCCCUGCCUGCAUGCUAGCCAAGUAUAGUCAAGCGCCGGCUCUAUCGCAAGGGUGCCCAAUUCGACAGGCGAUUUACGACCGCCUCCGACGGGUCCUGUUGACCGCGGUUGCCAGCCUCCAACCACGACAUCAAAUGUAUGGCAAUCAGAUCUCGGAAGACUCUUUCGGCAAUGAUCCAACGAUCACCGCGAUUGGCCAAGGUAGGAUAUGUGCAUCUGGGUCCUGAGAAAGACAUGUGCUUUUUGUAGCAAUGUUGAAGGC